AAAUCUUCACUCAUCUUCACAUCAGCAAGUUUCCAACUCCCACCAACGCGAAUCCACAUUCCAGCAACUGUUUAACGACCAAUCCAUCGACGAUGUCUUCCAACCAGAUGCAGAGCGCCAAGGACUCAGCUGCCCAAACCACGGAGCACACGAAGCAAUCCGGAGCUGAGAAGACCGGUCAAGCACAAGAUCACGCCCAAGGAAUGGGCCAGGCUGCCAAGGACAAGGCCAACCAGGCUGGACAAGCCACGUCCGAUGCGACCCAGGCUGCCAAGGACAAGGCUGUCGAAGCCAAGGACAACACUGGCAAUGCUCUGCAGCAGGCUGGUGACAAGGUGAAGGAAACUUUGACGAACGCCAAGGACGCUGUCACAGGAAACAACCAAUAAGUAGACGUCGAGUUGUAGUGCCUCCUGUCCUGAUGACAGUCAGAUGUUCUCAAGAAUGGGGGUAUCAGAUUAGAAUGGAGCAUAUCCGAGAACACAAGUCCAUGUAUAGCAUGAAUCUGUCAUCACUCUUAGAGUAGAACAUGAGGACGACUGCUAGCCCUUGCGGAGGAUUGUAGGGGAGCAAUUUUAGGACCAGUAUGUAUGUAAAUGUGACCAAAAUCGACUUGUCUUUGUAAAAUAAAUUCUGAAAUUCUC